GCCCUACCAGACGACGGUUCUGUGCAACAGCAAACAUACAGUGCAACAAACCUUUUCGAAUUCAGAUGGGAGAAAUUCACCGUGGGGCAAAAAGAGAGGACAAUACAAUCUAAAAGAAGGGGACUGGGACAUAGUGAAGUGAAGAAAAGGAUUUGAAAAGUGCUUGUAUUAUGCAAAGUGAGUAACAGCAGGAGCUACUCCAGCUGGAAACUAAAAGGAUAAGAGACAAGACAAGCGAAGAGAGAACAAAAAGGACACACAGCAAAGGAUACUGCUCUUUUAUUGGAUUGGUGCAUUCUCUUGGAUUUCUCACUUCCCUCCUCCUGGGCUGACAGCAGAGGGGGAGGCAGAGCCACAACCACUGCAGUGAUGAAGUACAACUACCAUGUACCAGUGUCAACGUACACACGCAGUUCACAGUACACGCCAACAUACCACACACCUACCUAUUACACCCCUUCACAUUACACACCAACACACUACACAUCCACAUAUACCCCCACAACAAAGUACACCCCGACACAGUACAGCACAACACAUUACACCCCGUCACAUUAUACGUCCACUUACAAAACUGCAGCGACAUACAUCCCUUCAUAUAGCAGAGGGUCACGGUACAGUUCAACACAUCGCGCACAAGCACAGGAGAAUCCUGCACCUGUAAUACCUGUCGCACCUGCAAAGAGAACUGUGCACUUCCCCAAUGACAUCAUCUUCCAGGAUAUUGUUAGACGAGGAGAUCUGGAGCAAAUUGGCCGGUUCAUGAGAGCGAGGAAGGUUCGAGUAGAUACAGUCUUCCACUCAGGUAUGGCAGCACUACAUGAAGCGGUGCUAACGGGAAACCUGGAGGUGGUGAAGCUGCUGGUGAAAUAUGGCGCUGAUGUUCAUCAGAGAGAUGAGGAUGGCUGGACGCCACUUCACAUGGCCUGCAGUGAUGGCUACCCAGAAAUUGCCAGUUAUCUGCUGUCAAUGGGAGCCAGUACAGAGGCAGAGAAUGAAAGCGGAGAGAAGCCUGCAGACCUCAUCGACCCAGACUGCAAAGAGUUGGCCAAACUGUUUGAGACUGGCUGUGUGUGAAUGGGCACCAUGGACCCAAGAGAGAAGAGCAACAGAGAAGAUAGAAAGAGGAGCAGACACUUGGAAAAGAUUAAAAAGCAUAUUUAACAGUGUAGAAUACCAAACAAACUUGCAACAGGGAGGAAGGACAUAGCACCAGCUCAGGACAUGUCACUGAUCCUGUAAAGCCAGGUAGUGGGUCUAUUUGUUGGUUUUUUAAGCUCAGUUAAGCUGUAUUUCCCUUUCUGGUGGUUGCUGGUGAUAUUUGAUUUGAUUUUACUUUAUUUUGUGCAUUUGUGUGUUUGUCAUACUGCCAGUGUCUAUGCUAUAAAUGUUAAUCUGCAAAUAUCUGUAGUCGCACACAGCUCAUGUACCACAAAGCCAACAACGUGUCACUGUAUCAAAAUGUCAUCUUGUCAUGUAUAGUCCUUUCUGAAGAAAGUUUUAUUCAUUUCUGUUCUCAUCAGCAUUUGAGUUUAAGCACUGUAUCAAUUGUGUUAGUGUUAAGCAGUUAUGUAGCCGUUGCACUCUACAGACUAUGUUUCCAGACUGUGGUCACACUGUAUAUUGAAUUUACAACACAGUAUUUGCGCCGAGAUAUUUGUGUCUUAUACAAAGAGUUUUGUAUCCUCGCUGCUGGGCAGAAAAAGGAUCAUCUAAAUUAAUAAUUGAUACAUAUACAAAUAAUAAUAAUAACAAAAAAUACAUCAAGUAAAUGCUGUACAAGUACUUAUACUGUUGAAGCAUUUCCUCCCUAAUGUAUUGCUGUUGUAUGGUGUAGUAGAAAUACAAAUAUCUGUGAUGAAAGUCUUAUAAUUUUCUGUUCAAUAAUUAUUUUUGUACGUUUUCAUAAAUAAACAAACCUUUUAUAAAUA